AUGUUCGCUGUACCGAAAAAUCCGCCCCAGGAGUUACUCUACUCCAAGGACUUCAUACGUGACGUUAAGGGGCUUCUGCGAUGCCUUCAAAAGCUGUUGUCCCACCCUAGAACCUCGCACCCGGAAAACUACUACUACGUCUACUCCCUCAUCACGUACUACACAGCAAUUGUUAAUACGCCGAACGUGCCGUCUACAAAGGAGAAUGUGCAAUUGCUGAAUCAGGGACUAGUUGUGUGCAAAUGUUUUGAGGACAUUGUGGCACGAACGAUUCCAGGAGGGAAGACGAUCGUUGAGGCAAUGGAGGAUAUUCAAGAAGAGCGACGACGCAGCGAUCCAUAG